GGGGGAGGGGGGGGGAGACUGCGAGUUACGAUGCGUGCAUGGACUCGGUUCACGUGUGAAUGCAGCCCUAAGCGGCGAUCGAGGCGGUAUUAAUGUAGUUCUGGCCUGAUCGUGCUGUAAGGCUCCCAAUGCAGCGGACGGUGGCUGUCCUUGGUGGUGGGGUGAGCGGCCUGGCUGCCUGCUACUACUUGGUCAGAAGCCCCCAGGCACCCAAGGUCAUUCUCCUGGAAGGCAGCAGCCGUCUCGGGGGCUGGAUCCAUUCCACGUGCACAGAGGAGGGGGCAGUUUUUGAGCAUGGGCCUAGAGGGAUCCGUCCUGCCGGAGCGGUGGGGAAAAACACCCUACUGAUGGUUUCUGAACUUGGCCUCGAAGCAGAAGUCCUUCCCGUCUGUGGUGACCACCCGGCCUCCAAGAACCGGUACCUCUACGUUGGGGGAUCCCUGCACAAACUCCCUUCUGGCAUUGGUGGCAUUCUCCGGACGGUCCCGCCUUUUUCUCGUCCCCUGAUCUGGAGUGGGCUGAAAGAUCUGACGGCCCCUCGUGGCUCCAAGACGGACGAGAGCAUUCACACCUUCGUGGAGCGCCGCUUCGGCCAACAGCUGGCUGACAUUGUCAUCGACUGCCUUUGCCGAGGGGUGUUUGCCGGAGACUGUCGGACGCUGAGCAUGCGCUCCUGUUUCCCAGUUUUGUUCCAGGCGGAACAGACGCACCGUUCAGUCAUCUUAGGCAUGGCUCUUGGUGGAGGAGAAAGCAUCCCCGUGGAAUCCCCGCUGAUUCACAGGGCCCAGAAGGAGCGCUGGAGCCAGUGGUCGCUGCGCCGUGGGAUGGAGGUCCUCCCUGAAGCCUUGGCGGACUUCUUGAAGCGUCGUGGGGUGGAGAUCCACCAAGAUGCCUCCGUUAAGCAGCUAGAGAAAACUGCAGCUGGCGGCUGGCAGAUCGCCUUGGAGGAUGGUGUCGUGGAAGCCGACCAUGUGAUCAGCGCAUUGCCCGCCAAAGCUCUCGCUGCAUCUCUCCCAACCUGGGCUGAGCCGCUGAGCCAAGAGCUGCGCGCCAUCCCGGCAGUGUCAGUGGGGGUCGUGAACCUGCAGUACAAUGGGGUGGAGCUUCCUGUCAUGGGCUUUGGACACCUGGUACCGUCCUUCGAAGACAGCAGCCUCCUGGGCAUCGUUUACGAUUCCGUCGCCUUCCCUGAACAGGACGGAUCCGGCGGCCCUGCUGUUCGACUUACGGUGAUGCUGGGUGGUGCGUGGUUCACACCCAGCCUGGGUGACCCAGACACCAUCUCGGAUGCCACUCUGGUGAGAAGAGCCCAGUUGGCCGUGAAGGAACAGCUAGGGGUGUCCGCUGAGCCAUCUCGCACGAUUGUCAAGGUGCACAAGGCCUGCAUUCCACAGUAUAAUCUUGGUCACUGGAAACAUAUAGAAGCCAUCACUGCUUACCUAGAUCAGAAGAAGCUGCCCCUCAGCCUGGUUGGAGCCUCUUACGAGGGGGUCUCUGUCAACGAUUGCAUCUUCAGUGCCCGAAAGGCUGUGACCAAACUUCUCGGCAAGCCAUCCUGAGAGGCGGGGAACCAUCUUUUCCUCAGCUUUGGGACUCUUGUGCCAAAUUACUCUCUCCUUCAGUUGCCACCAGGCUGGCUUCUGUGAGGCAAACUUCCCCAUUCAGGGAAAUUGUGGAUUUCUGUCAUUGGGCCUGGAAGGCUUGUAUUUCAAAAGAACUGUUCAGAGGUGACUCUGAAUGCUGCUUCUCCCGCUUCUUCGGAACAGAAGUGUACUUAUGGGGUAGGGAGGAACAUAGCCUACACCUCCCCAAGCCCCACGACAGACCUUGCCUUCCUGUUGUACAUCUCUAUCCCAUAACUAAAAUUCUGGGCUGUC